AUAUACACUGCUGCGAUCCUCUCCACACCUCGCUUACUCACAGAUCUUCACGCUCUCAAAUUCAAUUCAAAUUUCUACAUACUUUUCAUUUCAGUUCUUAUCUCUAGAUUUCUGGUAGCAAUAUCUGAAUCGUUGAUUCCGCAACAAUGGACGCAGCUUCGCAGCUCGUCUUCUGCGGAAUCGAUCCUAUGCGUUGCACCUCUCUGCCGUCUCGUACUGUUUCCGUUCCCUUUUUGAAGGCUGCCAGCAACCGCCGGUCGUUUCCGAGGAUUCGGAGACGGAACGCCGUCGUGCGUGCCAUUGCAACUGAGCCUAAGCCGUCUGACACCAAGCCUUCUCCGUCCAACACGUCGUCGUCUCGGCCGGUCAACGGAUUCCCCAAGCCAGUAAAUGGAGUCUCUACAAGAAUGCAGGAUGUAUCACAAGAGAUCAAGAGAGUAAGGGCACAAAUGGAAGAAAAUGAGCAAGUAGCCAUAUUAAUGAGGGGGCUACGAGGUCAAAAUCUGAAGGAUUCUCAGUUUGCAGAUAACAAUAUUAAGCUUCGCCUAGUUGAGGUUGAUGAGAGCAGUGAGUUCCUGCCUUUAGUAUAUGAGCCUGCUAGCAUUGCUGCAUAUUGGGGAAAAAGGCCAAAUGCUGUUGCAACACGUAUUGUGCAAUUAUUGUCUGUUGCUGGAGGUUUUCUUUCACGCAUUGCCUCGGAUGUAAUAAACAAAAAAGUUAAAGAGAAUGAGGUUGCCCGAGCUAUUGAACUGAGGGAGAUUGUAACGUCCCUGGGUCCAGCGUAUAUUAAACUAGGGCAGGCAUUAAGCAUUCGACCUGAUAUACUAUCACCAGUUGCAAUGGUUGAGCUGCAAAAGCUUUGUGACAAGGUUCCAUCGUUUCCGGAUGAUGUUGCCAUGGCCCUUCUUGAGGAGGAACUUGGACAGCCUUGGUAUAACAUCUAUUCAGAACUUUCUCCCUCCCCAAUUGCUGCUGCAUCUCUAGGACAGGUGUAUAAGGGCCGGCUCAAAGAGAAUGGAGAUUUGGUAGCUGUUAAAGUACAGAGACCAUUUGUCCUUGAGACUGUUACAGUCGAUUUAUUCAUUAUUCGGAAUUUGGGUCUAUUUCUUAGGAAAUUCCCACAGAUCUCAGUUGAUGUGGUUGGAUUAGUUGAUGAAUGGGCUGCUCGUUUCUUUGAAGAGCUUGAUUACGUUAAUGAGGGAGAAAAUGGGACACUUUUUGCAGAGAUGAUGAAGAAAGACCUUCCCCAGGUUGUUAUACCUGCAACAUAUCAAAAGUAUACUUCAAGGAAGGUUCUUACAACACAGUGGAUAGAUGGAGAGAAACUAUCACAAAGUACAGCAAGUGAUGUUGGGGAGUUGGUAAAUGUUGGUGUGAUAUGCUACCUUAAGCAGCUGCUUGAUACAGGUUUCUUCCAUGCUGAUCCUCAUCCGGGGAAUUUGAUACGUACUCCAGAUGGAAAGCUAGCUAUACUUGAUUUUGGCUUGGUUACAAAACUAACAGAUGAUCAAAAAUAUGGCAUGAUCGAAGCUAUAGCUCACCUUAUACACAGAGACUAUGGUGCAAUAGUCAAGGAUUUUGUCAAGUUAGGUUUCAUUCCAGAAGGGGUUAAUUUGGAACCAAUCUUGCCAGUGCUGGCAAAGGUUUUUGAUCAGGCACUUGAAGGUGGAGGAGCAAAAAAUAUUAACUUCCAGGAGCUGGCAUCUGAUUUGGCACAAAUAACAUUUGAUUAUCCAUUCAGAAUACCCCCUUAUUUUGCUCUAAUCAUUCGAGCAAUAGGAGUUCUGGAGGGUAUUGCCUUAGUGGGAAAUCCUGACUUUGCCAUUGUGGAUGAAGCCUAUCCAUAUAUUGCACAGAGACUCCUGACAGAUGAAUCUCCACGUUUGAGGAAUGCUUUAAGAUAUACCAUAUAUGGGAAAUCUGGUGUUUUUGAUGCUGAAAGAUUUAUAGAUGUCAUGCAAGCAUUUGAGACUUUCAUAACUGCAGCUAAGAGCGGAGGUGGGGAGAAUUUGAAUGGGAGAAUGGCAGAACUUGGAAUUAUACAAACGCAACCAAAUUAUAUGCUCCCCGUACUCCCAUUGGCUGCGUCUGAAGGGAUGCAACCUGUUAAAACUAGAGCAGCCUUGGGAUUUCUAAUUUCUGAAAAAGGGAACUUUUUCCGAGAAUUUCUUUUGGAUGAGAUUGUAAAAGGAAUUGAUGCAGUUACAAGGGAACAGUUGGUGCAAAUAAUGGCUUUACUUGGAAUACAAAAUGCAUCUCCAGUAUUCAGCAUGGUUCCUACUUUAGGGCUUAUCAAACCUGCUGCGCUUUUGCCAACAAUAACUGAGGAGGACAAAGUCAUAUUGAACAAUGUCCAGAAGAUAGCUGAUUUCUUAACAGCUGGAAGUGCAAUUUCAUCAAACCAGGGUGUUGAUGUUUCUCGGGCUAUUCAAGAACUUCUCCCAGUGCUUCCAGGCCUUUCGGCUAAAGUGCUCCCCGAGGUGCUGAGUCGAUUAUCUUCCAGGGUAUUCGCACGCUUGCUACGAGAUACACUACUGUAACUCUAAUUAAUCCUUAACUUUCUUGCUCUAAACCACCUGCAUUAUAUUGUGCACAUUUGGUGAUUCACAUGCCUAGAGGCUAGAGUAGAGAUUACACAAAUACAGUAUAGAUUGACAAUAUAUUGAAUCCUCUCUGUAUUCAAAUAACAGAAAAAUCUGUAUAGUUCAAUUAAUGUAAAGCUUUAUGCUAAAAUCAUUUUUUUUUUCA